AAUUUGGUCGGGACAUUUUUGCUACUUCAACAGCAACUGACUGUCCUUGUGAGUUUGAACUGAGGAAAUUUGCGUGAGUUUUGACCGAACUAAAUCACAACAACUUGCCCAAUAUGUAACCUGAAAUAGGUAGUUUUAUAGAUUUGGCGGCGUGCCGACAUUGUUUUGUUUAUAAACAUGCCGCUGACUGUAAUAUGGGUCUUGCAAUGGUUUAAUAAUUUUCCAUGGUAUCAAGAAAUCUACACUUGGUUCGAUAUUUGAAGGAUUUUUUGAGACAGCCGAUUGAGUAGAGGGUAUUUAUCAGAGACGCAGAUUUGUUCAUUAAGUUUGUUUCACGAUUCAUAGCUUUUGUUGCUAGAUUUAUUUAUGCUCUUGGUGCAAUAUUGCGAUGGCAAAAGUCUCCUUGUGGCGAUAGUUUACAGCUUAAGUGUAUCUUGUUCACCGGACAGACUUGAUUUUGCGUUAGGAUCACAUAAAAUAUCUAAAUGGUUUUAGUCAAACGUUUAUUUCCGCAAUAUGUCUGAUUUUUUCCGCUUUUAUUCUUUUUGUGUUUUUUUUUCGUCCCUCCCUUUUCAGUCCGCUUGUUUUGAAUCAUGUUUUCAUUAUGUACCACAAAUAAAACAGACGACGCAAUAUCAGCGUUGUGUUUGUGCGUGCACCGGAUAAAGUCAAAUGGUUUCAGUAGAGCUUAGUUGAUUUGACCAAUUCUACAACCGACCUCCUGCAGCCAUAAGAGCAGAAGACGUCUCAUUUAAUAUACGUCUCGUUAAAUAUAAUUGAGCAUGAGCGUUAACUUAACAAGUUGUUAAGAUUAAAAUACUGCUCUUUAAAGACACUUCAACAGUCGGGAAGCUAUCAUAGCGACAAAGCAUUGGUUAAAAAUGUCUUAGUAAGCUUCGCCGAUAUGUCUGAUUCGUGUCAUGACGUUUGCCCAUCUUAGGUAUUGAAUCAAUGAUUUUUUCCCGUUCUUACGCUUUUUACUCUUGCGAUAAGCAAGAGUAUUGCAAUCGUCUGCAACUGUUAAACGUGAAACUGUAACUCGUGAAAAUAAACACUUUCAAAUCUCAAAAGAGAUGAAUCAAGAUUAGUAUUUAGCAUUGCUCUUUCAGUCUGGGAGUAAGAAGUUUCCUUUGAGAGAAGGUCCCAAAAUCUGCAGUAUCGGUAAUUCGUCGACUGAAAUAUUCGUUGUUAAUAUCCCACUCAAGUAAAAUUUAACGCGCAAUUUGAAAAGUAUACGUUAUGAGAAUUAAACGUAGUGGUACUUCACUAUUUAAGCACAUUGGUUGGUGGUGUGUGGAUUGUUUUAUCCCGUUCCACGUUUUUCAUUGGAAUUGGGAAUAGAAGUCAGUUUCAGAGAAAAACUAAGUUGAACAAAAUCUAGAUCACGCCAAUAAUGCCCGCUAAGUAAAUUGGAGCGCCUUAAAUUUACCAACAGAACAGUCUACUGUUGCAACGCCUUUCAGGGAACCAAGUUUCAAGUUUAGACGCAGAUUUAAUUCUGCUAUUUACAUUUUUUGCUAUAAUUUUGAACAUGAAUGAUUUUAUAUUUAUUCUCAGUCAUUGACUUUAUUGGACGGAUUUAUUGAAUAAUCUAUUCUUAGAGAACUAGAAGUAUUUUCAGCUAGAAGUAUACAACACGAGUUUUUUUAGUAGUGAUGCCUCGUCUGUUGUAAAUGAAAAAAUGAAGUGUCAUGCUCCAGUUUCUUUUUUUGUCUAAAAUAGUUUGAGAUCUUUUGAGUUGUGUACGAGAUAUAGUUCAUUUGUGAUAUUUUUUUAUUCAACGGUAGAUUAUAUUGCUUACUUCGAUUCUUUCAAGAAUUUUUUCAUUUGUAGUCUAUAUUCGUUAAAAACUUUCAAAAUUUUAUAUUUUUUCUUGAUGAUAAUAGAAUUACUGCUGCAGAGCUAUAAAAGAAAUCUUACAACAUACUACAUUUUACAUAGACAAAAAGCUGUUUCAAAUACUUUUUAUUUAAAUUGUUUUUUGCUAACAUGGGGUUUUUGAGCAACAGUUUAUCACUCUGAAAAAGCUGAAAUUCAGCUUGUAAUCCUUCAUUAAGACGACAAAAGAAGAUGGAGAACAAUAACAACAACUCGAGUGAUGCAAGUCAGUGGUCGGUAUUCAAAUCACAACACUGUCGUAUUUGGUUUGGCGUGGCGCAGCAGUUUGACUCGACUGGGAAGACUACGGAUGUGUUCCGAGUGAUGCACUCGUACAAGCCGAGACUGAACUCAGUUGACGGAUCGGAAAUUGAACACUCGAAUGUGUACUAUUACGAUGAUGAUAGAGGAACCGUCACCUCAAGCCCCAGAUGCGGUCCCUGGUUUUACAAGGAAGAAGAUUCGAUCACAAUUGGAUUCAAGGGAGUGAAGCACCCCAAAUGGCCCAACACCAAAUUCAUAUUCUUCCCUACGGGAUCUGGAAUCAUGUUCAACAAUUCGGCCGUGAACUAUGGCAGCGUGGAAACAUGUGUUAAGCUGUUUGUGCUCCAUCCGCAACGACCAAACAUCCGACUGAGUGUGAUGGUCGAAUAUUGUGAACUUACUCUACAGUCAUGCAAAGUGUACUUCGAAAACUCAGACGGAUGGAAGUCUCCGUUCUGGGAGGAACAAGAAUCGCAUGACCUAAUAACCCCGAUUACCCCUCUGACAUCAUCUGUUGUAUCACGCCAGACAAUCGACUUCAAUCUCAACUUUUCCAGCUCACAAGAGGACCCAAAACCUCUGCAAAGUGACCAUGUAUUCUCAUUUGACUCGGACUCCAUUGGAUCCAUUUUUGACAAUGCACCCUCGGAUUAUCUAUCCUUUAACCCAACCAAAAAUGUAACGAUAACUUGUCCGAAGUUUAUGAAACCGAACGUGAAUUCAAGUGAUGGUUCUUUGAACGGAACUCAACGUGCCGCGUCGUUUGUAGCUGUUAGAUGGAACCAAGCGCCAGACAACUGCGCUUCAGAUGUCAUUGCUGAAUUUGAUCUGGAUACCCGGUUCAAAUCUCUCACCGAAAUUCACUACAAGCACUCGACGGUUGAAGCUUAAAACCGAGUUCAAAGUCGGAAAUUAGUUGAAAUUAUUAAGUUUAACUGCUCUUUUGCUGCUUAGCUGCUGCGUCGCACUAACCACUGCCAUCAUUGUUGGUUGCUAAAUUAGGAAUAGAUUCACAAAUGUAUUUACUUUGUA